AUGGCUCGCAUGUAUGCUAUAGGUAGAGGCCAACCUCGAGGUCGUGCUAGGGAUGCAACAUCAGCUCGGGACAAAGAGUGGACUUUAGAGCUGGAGGCAGCUACAUUUGUGCCAGCACCAACACCUCUAAUUAGAGGCAGAGGACAGGUCCAGGACUAUAGGGAUCGUCAUCAAAGUACAUGGGACUUCCCUAAGGAGGAAAAGAAGGAAGAAGGGUUUAUGCAAAGGGUAUGGGAGCCCAAGCCCACUUUUAUGCAACUUCAAUUAGAGCAGAGGCUUAAGGAGGUCAGUGUUCAGCUUCAGGAUCUCUUGGAUAAGGGAUUCAUUCAGCCAAGUAUAUCAUCUUGGGGUGCCCCAAUCUUGUUUGGUAAGAAAAAAGAUGGUACUAUGUGGAUGUGUACUGAUUACAGGCAGUUGAAUAGGGUGACGGUGAAGAAUCAUUACCCUAUGCCUAGGAUUGAUGAAGUUGACAAAUGCCCCUGCCGCAUUCAUGGACUUGAUGACUUGGGUGUUUAG